AAACAAAGUAAGGACUACUUUGUCUCUGUAUAUUUCCUACACCUGACCUUUCGAUACACCGGGCGGCGUUACAGGUGUCAAGAAGCGCCAGUCCCCCAGCCAUCAUCAGUGAUGGCUUCAGGGAAUUGGUUUUGUCAUUUGGCUCUUGCACGCGCGUUCAUCAGUGACACUGGCUCCUGGCGCUGAAGUGGAUCCGCCUGAGGAAGAAGAUGGCGGCGCCUGCGAGGGACAGGUUCAAUUAAGUAAAUCUCUACGCUGAUGUCACCAUUCUGCAAAGUCACAGACGUCGACAGUGCCGUUAUAACAAAAUCAUUUUAUAAUACAAUAGAAAACAGGCACAGAAUGAUUUGGCAGAGAGACCUAUACAGAUGUGACAUAGUUAUCGUCAUAUUGUUUGAUAUGCAAAGCAGUUAUUUCAAUAGAAACAAAAGGUGUCUUUAUGUAUUGCUUAGUUUGUGUGCAAUUCAAUUUAGAGGAUCCUUUCCCUCUGAAAACUCCUUUCUAAGGUUUUUUUAAUUCUCUUUUAUUCUGCUGUUGAUCAAUGUGCGUUACUGUUCUCUGUCCCUCCCUCUGGCACCCCUCCCCGUGUGCCCUGUCACUCAAUGCAUUGCUUUCAACAGGAGUAACAAAGGAAUGGUUGCUACAGCAACGGAUACAGCAAAAUAAACAGUGAGCCAUCAGGCUGAGCUGGUCUAUUGCUCUGCGAGUCCAUGGAUCCAGUAAGUACCUCUAACCCUAACGAAAUAUUAAACAAAAAUAAAAUAUUUACCUAUUCCCAUGGAUAUGUUGAAUAAAACAAGGCAGUAGAUUUUCAAGGUUUGGUUGGUGGGCAGAGGACAGAGUGAAGGAACUCUAGUAGGUGGAGGGCUUGAGGUGAUGGGAGUUGACACCUAUCAGUAACUAAAGGCUUGUACCAUUCCUGUACUGCUUUUAGCAUUAGGAAUUAACCCUGUAAGUGCUGUAAGGACCUGCCCAUAAUUAAUUGCAGAUCCUGGUAAAUUUUAUGUAAGUGGGAGUGUUAGUUACCCCCGCCAGUUCCAGUGCGUACCACUUAAUCUUUAGCUGAUGUACAAAUAACUUGUUAAUUAUACGCAAUACCUGGCUUUUCAUUAAAAAGCAACGUAAAGAUUUGGGUAUGAAUUUGUAUUCCCUGCAUGAAAUAAUAAUAAUAAUAAUGACAGGGUCCCUUCGAAACUCUACGCGUGCGAACAUUUCCUUUAUAUAACGGUUUAAAUAUGUCACAAAUUUCUCUUGUAGAUAGCAAAACCUAUUCCUGGACAUUGGUAUUGGAGAGAGGACACAAACACACUCGAAUUUUCAAGGUAAUAUUUAUGUAUACAUGCGUUAAUUUGGGGUAUAUUUACUAAACCGUGAAUUGCAGGAAAUUGGCACGGCACAUGCUUAUUAAGGCUAGAUUAGCCAAUUUGGAAACAUUCUCAAGCUCUGAGUGUUUUUCUGAAACUGUCGGAGUUAGUUCAUGAAAACUGAAUGGGCACCAUACUUAGGGUUACCAUAUAGGGCAACCCUUUUCAUGUGCUGCCCAUCACUAUGUAUACAUGAUAUGUCCCUGAAAACAUGGUGGAUAUGGUAAACCGACCCAUACUGAACGGAGCAGAACCAUGUUGACAGCGUACGGGUUUAUUCGGACUGCAGAAUCCGGACACUGUUUAAACUAUUUAAUAUUAUUUCCUUACAGCAGUAAUGGAGCUGCGGACGCACGAGAAAGGGCGAGGAGGGCUAGGACUAUACAUUUUCAGGAACACGAAACUAAAGCUCAAGACAGGUAUUUAAAUAAAAUAAAAUAGGAGGCUGUUCUAUGGAAUAAUUUAACGUAUCAUUAUAUAUACAGUAUAAGGGAUUGACAAAAGCUGAUUUUUAAGAACUACAAAUACCAUAAUGCUUUGCCAACCUUUAAGCUGGUAAGACAUCAAUGGGAGAUGUAGUGUUACACUAACUGGGGUGGUCUACUUAUUGGCCACACCUAAUGUACAGUGUUAUGUCACCAUGUGGUACUUUCUUCUUGCAUUUUCAUUAGACACAUUUCCUGAAACUUGAAAAUAAGUCACACAGUACACAGAUUAAGUAGCCAGUGUGGGUUAUACCACUGGGGCAUUCUACAUGUCAGGCAAAAAGAGUCAAACUGAAAACGGUGCCAAUAUGGAGAAUUUUUCAGAUUUGACUACUUUGGGCUACAAUUUGAUUCACUUUGAAUUCCUGAUAUUUCACAUAUUGGUGAAUAACUCUAAAUCUUUUGGAUAAUAAUAUAGAUAAAUAAAUCAUUUACUUUCCUGUUAGUUUUAAAAUAUGAUAAAAAGUAUUUUAUUUGAAAAUAUAUAGAGGACCCUUAAAAGAAUCUUGACACCUUUUAAUUUUUUUAAUAAUUUUAUUCCCAUUUUUUCAGAAUUAGCCUAAACCUUCCACUUUAACCUCUUAUUUGCUGGAGGUGAACGUGACUGAUUUAAUAAGGCUACAAGUAAUCUACAACACAUGUUCUCCACUAUUAGCCAAAUGGCUAUUUGGAUACAAUGACUUAGACAUUGGAGUAUUCUCAGUGAUAUGUUAUCUUGGCAGGACUCUGCUGGGUUUAAAAUGGGCUUCAUUUCUGGAUUAUCUUCACUCAACAAACCACGCCAUCUAACCUAAUUUAGCAACCAGCAUUUAGUUGAUGUCAGAGCAUUUACUUUAACCCACAAAGCACCAACGUGCCAAUGCUUUUUUACUGUUUUUGAAACUAGGCCUCAGUGCCCACCAACCGGCCAAAAUAUUGUGAUGCAGUUCAGUUAAUCAGCGGCUAAUUUGCAUUCAGACAGUACCUACUUUUGUUCCGGGUUAUUCUGGUUUGCAUCGCACAGUAAACACUGCCAGAGCUGUAUCAUAUUAAAAGGAUACUACUGUUAAACACUACACCCUAUUUUAAUGCAGUAAACUGCAUCUUGUAGUGAUGUUAUUGUGAAUGUUAUCGGAUAUAGUGUAUAUCAGUCCCUGUGCUGGACAGGUUUGCCAAAGAAUUAGUGUAUCUCAGUACCUAUGCUGGACAGGUGUGCCAUGGAAUUGGUGUUUCUCCGUACCUGUGCUGGACAGGUGUGCCAUGCAAUUGGUGCAUCUCUGUACCUGUGCUGGACUGGUGUGCCACGGAAUGGGUGUAUCUCUGUACCUGUGCUGGAUAGGUGCGCCAUGGAAUGCGUGUAUCUCCAUACCUGUGCUGGACAGGUGCGCCAUGGAAUGGGUGUAUCUCUGUACCUGUGCUGGAUAGGUGCGCCAUGGAAUGCGUGUAUCUCCAUACCUGUGCUGGACAGGUGUGCCACGGAAUGAGUGUAUCUCCGUACCUGUGCUGGACAGGUGUGCCAUGGAAUGAGUGAAUCUCAGUACCUGUGCUGGAUAGGUGCGCCAUGGAAUGAGUGUAUCUCCGUACCUGUGCUGGACAGGUUUGCCAUGGAAUGAGUAAAUCUCAGUACCUAUGCUGGACAGGUGUGCCAUGGAAUGAGUGAAUCUCAGUACCUGUGCUGGACAGGUUUGCCAUGGAAUGAGUAAAUCUCAGUACCUGUGCUGGACAGGUGUGCCAUGAAUGGGUGUAUCUCAGUACCUGUGCUGGACAGGUGUGCCAUGGAAUUGGUGUAUCUCAGUACCUGUGCUGGACAGGUGCGCCAUGGAAUGGGUGUAUCUCUGUACCUGUGCUGGAUAGGUGCGCCAUGGAAUGCGUGUAUCUCCAUACCUGUGCUGGACAGGUGUGCCACGGAAUGAGUGUAUCUCCGUACCUGUGCUGGACAGGUGUGUCAUGGAAUGAGUGAAUCUCAGUACCUGUGCUGGAUAGGUGCGCCAUGGAAUGAGUGUAUCUCUGUACCUGUGCUGGACAGGUUUGCCAUGGAAUGAGUAAAUCUCAGUACCUGUGCUGGACAGGUGUGCCAUGGAAUUAGUGUAUCUCUGUACCUGUGCUGGACAGGUGUGCUAUGGGGUUCUCACAACUCAUGCUGGAAUAGCUAGAUUAACUUCAUAGGGACAAAGUGAGCGUAAUAGUUCCUCUACACGCAUACGAUGGCUUCAGUGGAUCCGAGAAUCACUUAUUAGGCUGCUAUACCUCUGUUUGGUUGCCAGCCUCAAAGUUGAAGAAGGGUGAGCUUUGACUGAGGAUUCUGUUAGCUAGGAGAUGAUGUUUAGUGAUGGUAUUUUGUUGGACGUGAGACUACAGUAGUUGCACAUAUUUUCUGAAUGCCUAUGUUCAUUUUCCAUUUAUUUAAGUUAUUUCUGAGAUUGCUUUUUAUUAAUUAUAAUAAAACCUUCAUCAUACAUACAAAUGAUAAAUUACUUCUGUAUGCAAUUUAAGGGUACCAACCCAUUCCCUCAAUGUUAUGGCUGGAUCAAAAUCUUCUAAGACAAGUUUUGCUGGCUCCAUUACCAAAUCACCCAAACACACAAGGAAACUCGACCGCGAACACAUCACCCUGGAAGAUGUGAAGUGUAAGUACAUGUUAUUAUUGUGUGUAUUGUAUUUGGAAGAGGCUUUGCAUGUUUCAUAGCAAUACAUAAUGGAAGGGUGCAAUUCUAUUAAGGAUCAGUUACUUUCAAUGCUGUGCUUACUGCAACCAUAAAUCAGACUCUUGCAACCCAUUUUUUUGCUCUCCACAAGUUUAAAGGGAUAAUCCAGACGUGGACCCCUUGCUCACGGUGCCUAGGGAGAUAUCAGCUAUGCCUCACUGAUGAUGCCUAACAAGGCGGAAACGAUCGUCUGGGGUUGCUGUAUCUCUUGUGCAGAGAAAACUUGCUGGCAUUUCGGAUCUGGACUGCCCAUAUGGGUGGGGCCAGUCUGAUAUGUUUCAGAGAUGUUCUUUCCGUAAUGGCACAAGAUGAGCUAAAACCAGCUUGAGUUCUGAGCGGGGACCCACCGAAGGGCAGGCUAUUUUAGCUGCUGUCCGUUCUCAGUAUACUAUUACAACCCAUUUUUUUGCUCUCCAUAAAUCAGAUAUAGUUUAGGAGUCUGUUUUUUGGCCUCAUGGGUAGAAAGGGAACAAAGGUCCACUCCACUCACUUUUGUUUCUUCCUCCCUCUGUGCCGCCAUCUUUUUCCAUCUUCCUGUCGUGCCAGAAGAAAAUGACCUAUGUGGCCUCCCAGAAGGAGUGCAUGAAGCAUAAUGUAAGAUAUACCUGUUCCUUUCAGCUGUCAAUCAGAAACCAUGGUGGGCAAAGAGCUGGAUAUGGAUUAAUUUGUUUUACACUUAAAUACCCUUCUAUUUUUAUUUGCCAUUUGAAUCACACAGGCUGGCAUUUAAUGCAAAUGAGCUUUCAUGAGUGUGCACCAGUGCACUACAUCAUGGGAAAUCUAUCUUGGGAAGAUGGCUGCACAGAUCACCCAGAAAUGCAGCAUGCUUGUAUUUGCAUUCAGUAUGGACUCAGUAGCCAUUUCUGAUCUAGCCAGCAUUAGAACUUUCUAUUCAUUGUGUCCAUAUCAAUGCACCUACACCUUCUCUGGAAGAAAGAUAAUGAGUCUAGAUAAAGCAUUGUUUUGUAUGUUCUUUUGUUGCAUAAAUCAACAAUCAAAAUACGUUAUUUUAGUCCAAUAAUAUUUUUUUUCAAAUAAUAUAUAUUUUUUAAAAUUAAUUUUCCUUAAUAGAUUUUUUUUUAAAUUCUUUUCCAGAUGUUGCCAUAAGUUUACUGAAAGAGGAUGGUGUUUAUAGCAACUCAUUUUCAGAGGCUAUAAGGUAAGAGGCAGACUGGCGGAAUUAUGGAUUCUAACUUUUAAUAUUAAAAAAAUUGUAAAAAACUCAAACUAAAAAAUUACCAUGGAAUCCCCUUUAAAGGGACUGUAAACAUUUCAACUCAUUAAAGUGGUUAUAGUGCCUGUAGUCCUUUUGGACUGUCCCUCCAUUCUGUGUUAAACCACAUUUGAGCAGUUCCACACUAAAUAAGGCUCCCUAGCCACCCACAGAGAUUACACACUUAAUUUUAGCCAUACCAAAUCAUACCAGCAAUGGGUGCUGUGAUAGACGGAAAACAGUCAGCUGACACUCACAGCCAAUCACAAGCCCAUUGCUGCUCAUGCACAUAUUUCCUCAUUAGCACAAGCAGAAUCGAGGGUAUGGGCUAUGGACUCUCUUUUAACAUUAAAACAUUAAAAACCAAGAUAUAUCCGUAUUUGUCUUUGUUUUGGUUUUUGUAUUUGAAAAAUGUCAAUAAACUUAAAUUAUAAAAAAAACAAAAAAACAUUAAAAACAGUUUAACACUGAAAGGGAACCAUUUUCAUACACUGCCCAUCAAUAUGUAUAUGGGAUAUAUGUUCCAGAAAACAUAGUGGUUAUGGUAACUCUACCUUAAAGAACCACAUAACAUGCAAUCCUAUGCUAUUGAUAGCAUUCCAGCACUAAACAUUGCACACUGCUCACCCAGCAGUUGGAUGUAAUCGCAGUGCAGUGUAGUAGAGUGGUAGUGUCCCUUUAAUACACCCGUUGCUGACUGUGCUAUUAUAUACUAUGUACUGUGGUAUAAACAUAUAAACCGCAGCAUUUUUUAUUUUAAUCUAAGCGUAUAAACUCCAUUUAUUAUUUCUGGAAACUCAUCCUUCUUUUCCUUCCUGUUUUAGAAGCCAACAUUUGGAUGAGUUCCUCAUGGCCCUUCUGUCCUACCUUUCUUGUUAUUUGGAAAAACAGGCUAUCGAAAGAAAACCCAAGCCUUUACUGCCGUAAGAUCCAUAUGCAGUCUUUCAUUAAAUACAAUAUGAAGUGUAAUGUGUAAUAUAUUGCUUUUAUAAAUAACAAUAAUUCUCCUCUAUUAGGCAUCCAUCGGCUAAAGGGAACUUUGUAUUAAUCAAUUAUAAAUGAUUUCUUUUGAAUUUUUUUAAAGUUUGUAAACCGUUCUAGGCAAGUAGAUUUUCGUCUUAAAAUCACAUUUAUAUAUACCCAUCCUUUGCUCUAUAAAAACUAUUAAGAAUUUGUGAAAAAUGUUUUUUAACCCACAUUGAAUGCCUUGGUCAAUGUCCAUAUUUGUGUCCCUGUACACACAGAUACAGUAGUUUUAUAAUUUCCCCUGGAUCUGGGCAGUGACAUGACUGGGCUGUAAGAUGGGUAUAUUUAACAAUUAGAGGGUCCCCGGUAUCCCAUAAUAUCCAGGAGGGAGCUGUAUAAGAGAAACCUAGAAUGGAAAUACUACAACGCUAUGUGCAACACCAUUGACCCAUGACACGUUAAACCAUUGUAUAGGGUUUAUCACUACACAGCCACAUUGUACAAACAGGUAAGAUCCUUUGGGGGACUUCAAUUCGCAGGCGUUAUGACAUGGACAAAGGAUCCAAUACUUAUAUUCAGGGGAACUCAAAUUAUAUCAGGCGCCUGGAGAAGCAAUUAACACACGACACAAAUGGUUGUGAGUCCAGAAUUACUUCCUGUUCAUUUAUUCAAAGUAGGGUGUAUUUAUACACAAUAUUGUUGCAGCUUUGCUUGAAGGUUUAAAAAUAAAUAAUGUAGUUAAAGAUAGGAAAGUCAAACGAUAAUAUUAGUUAAUGUGGCUACAUAUUUCAUAAGAUAUAAAAUUAGUUUACAAAACAAUAUGUGGUUACAUAUUUCAUAAGAUAGGAAGGUCGCAGAGACAAAAUUAGCUAGCAAACAGUCACACAAUGUACAGUUUCUCAAAAUAAGUGCUCCGGUGGGGCCUAGAAUACACAGAGAACGCAACUUAUGCUGACACAUAUACAGCAUUUUACAGUGAAAAAGUUCAUUAUAUAUAAAGAGCAUCAGAUGUAGGCCUUAAUUUAAUUACGCUGAACAUUGGAAUCAAGAUAUAUUCCCUCACGGUUACACAAUGCAACUGUAAGAGGUGUGGGGGGACACAGCCGGUCCUGCACAUAGCUGUCUGGGAGAUGACAUGAUAAUAUAACAGAUGGGGUAGAACAUUUGACCAAGGAAUCUUCUGAUAAACUGCUACUGGGAACAUCGGAAUAUUCGUGCUGGAUAAGAGGAUAUUUAUUUAGAAGAGUUUAAAUACUGAGCAUUUAAAAAGAGAAAAAGCUGCAUAUUUAGAAGGAACACCAGCUAUAUGUAGGGUAUAAGAAGGCUAUCAAGCCUUCUGGAAACUUGGAAGAUAACCGAUAGAAUAUGUUUUUGGUAGCUGUUAUCAAGUUCGAUUGAACGUUAACCUUUGUUAUUAAAGGACCACUAUAGUGCCAGGAAAACAUACUCAUUUUCCUGGCACUAUAGUGCCCUGAGGGUGCCCCCACCCUCAGGGUCCCCCUCCCGCCCGGCUCUGGAAGGGGGAAAGGGUUUAAAACUUACCUUUUUCCAGCGCUGGGCGGGGAGCUCUCCUCCUUCUCUCCUCCUCCGUUCCUCCUCCUGGGCUGAAUGCGCAGCUGGCGGCAUGCCGCGCAUUCAGCCGGUCCCCUAGAAAGCAUUUACAAUGCUUUCCUAUGGACGCUGGCGUGCUCUCACUGUGAAAAUCACAGUGAGAAGCACGCAAGCGCCUCUAGUGGCUGUCAAUGAGACAGCCACUAGAGGGAAUAGGGGGAAGGCUUAACCCAUUCAUAAACAUAGCAGUUUCUCUAAAUCUUAAUAAGACGAUAUACACUAGAUUGUGAAUUCUACUUGAUAAAUUUGUGAACGCGCCUAAAAAUAUCCUCUUAAUAUUUUUUAAUUCCCUUGAGGUCUAUUUUAGUUUAUCGUCCAAACUCUAUGUCAGGAUAAGUAUUAUGAGGAACCGCACUGACUAGGAAACAUUCAGCGGAGAAUCCUGUAUUGCGUUAGCUUCUUAAUAAUCCGUAACCAGAGGGUAAAGGCACGGGAACAUGUUUGUUUUAUAAUAGUUUAAGAGUAAACAAUUAUAUAUAAACCAAUCUCCGCAUUAACCAAAUGUCCUAAAAAAAAGAUACCGAGUACUAGUAUCAAUAUCUUAAUGCAUCUAUUGAAGCACACCAUGGGUCACUAUCGAAAUGUAAAGUCAAACUCCAAAAUGUACAGGAUCAUAAAAAUGUAAAGAUCAUAAUUAAAUCUGAAAUAGGAAAAAGUUAACCCUGUAUUAUAAUUGCAACAUACACCCGGGGAGUGGGGACUGAUGUGAGCCUACUGGGUAUUGUGGUUUAAGUUGUCUUAACAAAUAUACUGGAUUAUCCUAAGUACACGUACAAAUUAGAGGAAAUAAAACCAAAAAAGAAUGAGUGUCGAAACGCACUCAAUGCAAGUUUCACUCCUACGGAUCAUCAGGGAGGCACAUAAAGACUGUUUGUAUGCUAGUUUAAUUAACUGGAAGUUGUCAUAGUGUUAUAGUUAACAAUUCUUUAAAGCUUUGCAAAAUAUUGGUUUAUUGUUUACUAAUCAGAGACUGCUGCUGAAUUGGAAACAGAUUGGCAAACUUUUCAUUAAUGGCCAAGCUGUAACAAGUACUAUUGUUGCUUAAAGUUUGGAAUUGAAUUUUUAUUUCAUGGUAGUUUGGUGUUUAGUAGAUCAGCCCCAUAAUCUUUUAAUCAUAUCAGUAACGAUGUAUUGAUAAUUAAUGGAGGAACUCUUUUAGAACGCAGAUUUCUGACUGUGAAAAGGUUAAAACAAACACAAUCUGCUAAAUGUCAUCUGUUAACAUUCGCAUUCUAUUUUUAGGAAUCUGAAUGUUGUGGAACGCAAGGCGAUGGCUGCGAUUUCGUCAAGAACUGAACUUGCUCUAAAACAUUUCGCUCAAACAUACUGCGCCUUAGUACUUGGACUGGAACUAACUCAUCAGCAUCACAUGGCUUGUGGGAAGUAUGAACACAUUUUUCUCCAGUUACAUAAGUUUAGGUUCACGCAAAUAUCUGCGCCAUUUAUUAUUUCCUGUAUACAAGCACACGCUGGCGACAAUGAUAAUACUGUGUUAAUGAUAAAAUGAAAACACGUGUUUUCGCGUUUAUUUAGUUUUUUGAAAUAUCAGCCACUUCUUACUUCUUUGCAGCAAAACUGGAGUUUCCUGUUUACUGCCUGAACUGGCACAUGGCGAAUUGAAGUUGGCUGUCUCUGUAGUUUAAUUUUGAAGAGAAUUAACACCAUAACAACCUUUGUUCUAAGUUCAGAUUUUGGUACAAAGAGGACUUCUCUCUCGUGGCACGAUUCUUAUAAUUGCAGCCAUUUUAAAGAAUGCAGUUAUAAACCCUCAGUGAUAGAUAUCACUAUACGUUUUUGCCCGUGCAUAUUUGCGCGCAUGAGCAGUCGCUCUCUCUAAUAUAUGAUACAAUAUAUACGAAGUAAAUUUUUCAUGCAUAAAUCAAAUACAAAGUUCUAGUUAAUCUAUUUACCAACUCAACUACUUAGAUCUACAAUUUGCAAUUGUUCUAUUUCUACAGUUGCUGCUUCAAGUUAUAAUUUCUCUUUAAGAGUAUAUAAUACAUUUUUUAUAUAUUUUUUUAUUCCUUGGCAAAACUCCUAUUCAAUUUCUGUAUUUCAAAGCUGGCACUGUGCUUGGCAGUGUUUAUUAACCGUUUACAUAUUUGCCCAACGCCCUGAACAGAGUUCGUUUGAGGAUAGAAGUACGAUACUUUUUGUUCUUUGCUUGGAUGAGGUUUGUUUUACAUGCUCGUACAACACCCACAUCUUUUUGUUGAUGGGACCAUACGUUUUUUUUUUUUUGCAUGUACGGACAGCAGCUUCUUCCAAAAUCCGUCUGAGGCAGAUGAACUGAAAAAGAGCCCAUUUCCGUGACCCACUCCCCCCACUUUAUUUUUCUUGCUUAGCUCCAUUAUCCAAUUUAAGAUUUUUUGACAAGCUUUUCAAAUGGUUCACGAUUUGGAAAAGUUUUUUGAUAUUUAAAUAUUUCCACGUUUUGAAAUAUUGAUUUUUUUUUUUAUAUACUAUAUAUUUCGUGAUGUUUUAAUAUUUUGAUAAAUAAAUCUUUACAAAGCACAUCCAAAAAUAUUACAUUGGGGGUAAGAUUAUUUGCUAAAAUAUUAAAUUUUAGGCCAAUACUAAGAUAAGGAAAAAAAAAAAAUAUAUUGAUUAAAAUUACUACAAAACACAUGUACAUAAUGUACAAAUAUUAGUUUUCUAAGUUUGUCUAGUGGAACGGUUAGGGCUACUUGUAAGGACGUGAUGGGGUUACACUAUGGGAUUCCUUGCUUUAGAUUAUUAAAAGUUGUUAUAUUUUUCUCAUUGGGGGGACGGGGGUGGGGGGGCACCAAUAUGUGUAACUUAUCUGUUCAUGGGGGGUCCUUAAUAUUUAUAUUUGUUUGGGUUCCGUUGUGGGACUGGUUUGGCUAGCUAAGUCUGUUAAAGAUAUUGUUUAACUCAUGACAGAUCGACCAUAGACGGAAAACCUUUUUUCUGUGCAUUUGCAUUUCCACUGACGACUAAUUAUCCCACCAGUGGAAGCAUGAAACGCCUUGCAUAAAAAAAGACUGCGCAGUAUAACCAUUACAACUCGCUGCAGUGGUUAGGUUGUCUAUCAUCUGCUAGCAUCAUCCCCCCAGUUUAAUAUCAAAGUGUUUAAGAAUGGUUUAAUAGAAACUGGGGUUCAUUCCUACAACCUUAGACUGCUCAAUUUGCAGCCUUGAUAAUGAGAAAUUAAUUCUUCCAAAUUAUCAAUGUCAAUUUUAUACAACAGUGACAUUUUAUGAGAGCGCUGAACAAAUCCACCCCCAGCACUCUCAGCCAAUCCAUGCAAUCUAGAUAAAUGACAUUGACCACACAGGAAUUGCUAUUUCUUAAUUAUCAAUGCGGCCGAGAUAGGGGCUCUCUGCAUCAGCAAGAAUCAGAACUGAUAUUAAACCGUUACUUUAUAAACAAGGGUGACAGUGCCAGGAGACCGUCAGUAUACAGUGCCCCUUUAAAUCCCCCAAAAGGAUUGUAAACGAAUAAAAGAAAAGCAUAUCUAUGCAUUUAAGUUUGUAUUAAAAGUGUUCGCUAUAUUUAGGGUACAUUUACGAUAAUAUAUGUUUUGCAGAAGUAAAGGAUCCACAUCAAAAAGCGAUCGCAUGUUCUACGAGGUAAGGAAAACAAGUAACAAAGCAUUAUUUUCAAAUAGUAUGACUUCAUAACAGAUGCUAUGUCUCUUUAAUUUGUUGUUUUUACUGCAUUACUACUUGGUGCCCCUUUAAUUGAAAACUUUUGUCUGUUUUAUUUGCAUAUUAUGCAGCUGUAUCUUAUUGAGUAGGUCCUUCUUUAAACCCCUAAACAACUUUAGCUUGCUGUAAAGCUUCAUGUGUGAAGAGUGUGUCCUCUUUAUUUCAUUUUGCAAAAAGUUCAGAUUUCAAUAGAAAUUUACACUUUUAUAAAUUAACCUGGUAACACCCCCUUGGAUUUCAAACAGAGAACCGACAAUGUUACUUCCUGGUUUUGUUAGCUCAAUGCAGCUGACCUCAAGAGGCAGCAAUUACUCAGAGCACCUGACUUACAAAGUCUUCUCAUUGAAAUGUAUUGGGAAGUCUGUGAUUGGACAGCCACAGAAAGUCUGGGUGGGGUUAAAGGGGAUAGCUUGCAAAGGCUGCAGACAAGAGAACUGCAGGUUUUGCAAGCUGAUUUUAGAUAUAACUCCAAUGGAAAAUAUGCACGUUUUCGUUUGGGGUAUAUCUACUAAACACUGAUUUAUAUUUAUUUAGUAUUUGAGCAGUGGGAAGUCCCUUCAAACAUUAUACCAAUGGGCAGACUGUUUCAGCAGCCCUGGGGGGCACACACCCUAGCAGCAUGAUCAGUCAGCCUGUUGUGUUUUACACGUUAUGAUGACUGCUACUAAGCUUUUUUUUUAUUUUUUAUUGAUGUUGGCAUCAAACCCUCACAGUUUCCUGAUCAUGGCGACAGAAAACAUUCUGUUCUGUUAUGAGUAAAUACACAAUUUUGCCCAGCUAAAGUCCUCCUUCAAUACUCCACAGAGAAUUUACAAAACAAUCCUGUUUCUUGGCACCUUCCAAUCCAUUGUUUGGCUUCCCAUACAACUAUAUGGCCAUUGGCCGCUUCCUCUGCACGAUAUUCAAACCAGUAAAUGUUUUCCAUGGACAUGUCUCUUGUUACAUAGGUUUUACCCCUUCAUGACCAGAUACAUUUUAUUUUAAUAUUACUACCAUAACAUUUAUAUGAAUAAUGGACAUUUAGCUACUAUAUAAAAGUACGAUAAAACAACAUUGCUCUAAGUGACAUCGGAGCCAUCUACAACCUCCUUCUCCUGGCUGUUACAAUGAAGAAAAAAAACAAACAUAUUUGCACAAUGAUAACAGGAUAGAAAUAGGCAGACGAUGUGUUUCUCCAAAUGCAAAGACUUUAUGAAAGCGAUAAUACGUGCUUGGCAUAAGAGACUGCCAGCGAUGUAUGUACGUGCGAGUCCUCAUCGACUUAUUGUUCCUUGUAGAAUUUGUAGUAGUUUGUCUGUUGUGUUGUUAAAUUCCCCCAUUUAUAAUAUUGAAAAGUGCUAUGAAAUUAGUUUGAUCUUUCUCCUUUUUAAUGAGUACGUGAUUGUUAAUAGAGUUCCUUAUUCCUAACAAUAAGUUAGUUUUGACUUGGCACAAAAUAUGUGAUUUGCAAUGCAAAAUGUCCCUGUGUACCUUCCUUUGUACAAUUUGUAUAGAGAAUUAUCUUGAUGUAAAGUAUUGACUUAGCUCACUCAAAGUAGAACAAGGUGAUUGAUAUCACAUCGAAAUGACUCCUGCUCUAAGAUUUAAAGAAACACAGACAUUUCUCUCUCUCUAUAUAUAUAUAAUCGAUAUCUCUGCCUCCACCGAUGCCAUCUCAAGGGGGAACUGAAUGCACAUGCGUGGCGAGCGCCAUGCACCUUAGGUCUUGUCCGUAGGAAAGCAUUGAAUCAAUCUUUUUUUCUAUGGGGUUUUUUUGCAACACGCUGGACGUCCUCAUGCAAAGCGUGAGAUUGUGCAGCAUUGUUUGACUGAGUAAAACUUCAUGAAACUGCAGGAAGCUCGUCUGGUGACUGUCUGGCAGGCUGUCACUAAAGCCAGUCCUAACCCUGGAAUAAAAACGUUACAGUUUCUCUAAAACUGCAAUGUUAAACAUCGCAGGGCUAAGGGGUCAGAAACGCUGUACCCAGACCACAUUGUGAUUUUGCUCUCCGUUCUCUGUUUAUCUUGUACAGUUCCUCUACGGCUUCUGUAUCUAUGUUGCCUGGGUGGUGUUCCGACGCAAGGAGCUGAGCUUAAUCCAGACUGAAAUUGGCAGGAUAUUGCGAUCCAAUACGUUUAAUCCUGCCCUUAGGGCGAAAAAUGUCCCAGAUCCGCAAAGUAGAGUCCUGUCCGUUGAAGACAAGAAACUGCGAAAAUCUACAACCUAUGCUCUUAACAGGUAUUAGUCAUUAUCAUUUCCCUUAUAUUCUCUUCUUAUUAAAACUCUGUAUCCCAGUGUGUAGAUUUCUAAAUGUUAAAUUAUCUCAGGGGGUAAUCCGAUGGCUUCACCCCACUUUUCACACUAUGUGGGCCGUUUCAUCUUGAUUUGUUAGGGGCAGAGGUCCCCAGGACCCCCGACUAAACCGAGGAUAGUAGACACAUAUAAGUCUAUCAUCUGUUUAUUCUCUUAUCCCCUAGUUUGUAGGAAGAAAUUUCAUAGUUAUUGAAUGGUGAACAAUAGGGGUGAUUUCCUGGAAAACUUUUUUAACUAAAGGUUAUUUUUUUUACAAAAUCGGAGUGAAUUUUAUAUACAGAGAUUUGCAGAUUUGUUCACUAAAAUGAGUAUUGCUGAGAAUUCAGUGUGAAUUCAAACUGAAUUUCAAAUGUAAGGCAAAAAGAGCCAAACCGGAACCAUAGAUGAAUUGGAAAAAUUUUCCAGGUUUUGCCUUAAAUUUGAAAUUCAGCUUGAAUUCACAACAAUCCUCACUGUAGUGAAUGACCAGCAACAAAGAAAUGGCCGGAUAAUAUAUCACAUGCAGGUGUGACAGAGAAGGCAGGAAGAAAGAGGAUAAAAGGUACAAAAGAAAUGGGGCAAAUUAGCAAAUUAUGGACGAAACUGCAUUGAAAAUAUGUAGGAAUUCUGUGAGACACCGUGACAAGCCUUGUAAAUAAUCUUUAUAACCAAUAGCUAUUAUCUGAUUUGUAUUAACUACUCUACCUCUUUUUUUGGGGGGGAAUAGGAGGGAUAAUCCAAGACGCCCUGCAAUUCAAAGCAUUAUUACCCAACGCUCCCCACUCCUUGCUUCUUUGAUGCCAACGCUGAAGGAGCAAUCGCAAUAUCUGUUCCAGCAACAUGGCCUCCAUCCAAAAGGUCCCUCUGCGCCUACAGACAAUCUGGGAAUUUUCUUUAACCCUGUUAUACAUCAGUAAGACGUACUUUUGAUUGUUUUUCUGAGCUUAUUCAGCUUCUUUAGCACUCCCCAACCGUCUGAGGAUACGAGUUUGAUUCAUGCAACAGUAGAAAUCUCUAUUAUCUUGUUGCAUAUAGUCCUAUAGUCUCAGACAGAGGAACCAUUUAGUUGCUGACUAGUGAAAAAAGUCAGUUGAAUCACACUGACAGAGACCUUUGCACAUGUGUAAGACUGAUGAAGAGGAGUUUGGCAUAAUCAAGACACAAAAUAAUCCACACAUGAUGGGUGAUCCACAAUAUUAAAAGCAUCCGAAAGAUUGAGAAGAACUUGUGCAGGACUAGUGACAUUCAAAAAAUUUAUACCAGUGGUUCCCAAACUUUUUAGGUUCAAGCUGCCCUUAAUAUUUCAAUAUUUUUCCAAGGCGUCCCAGGUCAAAACAAUUUUAUAUGUUGUAUAUAUGUACAGCGCUGCGGCAUAUACUGGGCACCUGUACGGCAGAAAUGCGCAGAUCCAGAGCCUAAUCCAGAACCUUUAAAGAAACAAUCCAGGCACAAUAACCUCUACUGCACUUUGUAGUGGUUAUGGUGCCAGUAGUGCUGUAGUGCCCUCUCAGAGUAAGUAGUCAAACUGUAUAAAAGAACAGUUUGACAACUUACCUGGGAUCUGUCAGGAUAAGGGCUGUAGUAGGGGAUAGGGGCAGUAGUGUGUGUGUGUGUGUGUGUGUGUGUGUGUGUGAGGGGUGCAGUGCGUGUGUUUGUGUGAGGGGUGCAGUGUGUGUAUGGGCAUGCAUUGUGUUUGUGAAGGAUGUAGUGUGUGUGUGUGUGUUUAUGAAGGAUGUAGUGUGUGUGUGAGGGGUGGUGUGUGUGUGUGUAUGUGGGGCUGUGUUUGUGUAUGAGGUUUCAGUGUGUGUGUGUAUAGGGUGCGUUAUUUUGGUCUGUGGGGGUAGGAGGGCAAAUUCACAUAUAUAUAAAUAUAUUUUUAAUUAAAAACAAUUAUUUUCAUACCCCACCUCCCUGCUUAUCUUUGCCUGGGAGGGGGGGGCAGUACUUAUCCCUGGUGGUCCGGUGGAGAAUCCCUGGUAGUCCAAGUGGCGAGAGUGAACUCUAGCAGCUCCUGAGGCUAGAGUUCACUCUCGCGAGAUUCUGAAAGUUGCCAUGGUAACAGCAAUGCUCAGAGCUCGCAAGAGGAGAACCCGGCGGAGCUGCAGGUUAGAGCUCCCCUGUGUUCUCUCUCCAUCCCCUGCUGGCUGCCAGUGUUACACUGCGAGCGAGCCGGAGAGGGAGAUUUCUGAUCUCCCCUCCGUUCCUGCAGAGCCGGCAGGGGAGAGUGACGCACAGUUCCCGGUGCUAUGAUUAUAGCAACGGGAAAUAUUUUGCAGCUCCCUUGUGUGCACACAGUUUGGAAACCGCUGAUUUAUACAUCCGCAACUCUUUGUGUAAUCAAAACAUAUUUUCUGAUAUUAAAAUUAGCAGUUAUUCACUAAAUGUGAAUUCAAAGUGAAUUCCAAAUUUAAGAUCAAAAGAGCUGAAAAAUCAGCUCUGCAUCAAUUUCACCUCCAUUUUCCUUAAAUUUGAAAUUCACUUUGAAUUGUCGCUUUAGUGAUUAUCCCCGAAAUUGUCCUUCCUUCCUAUUUCUGGAUAGUUUCAUAUUACGGUGACCUAUAAGUGGUGUAAUCUGUAAGUGGUUUGAUGGUGCUCAGAGUCCAUCAUGACUUAAUAUGACCAGAAGAGUAUGGCAUAGAUAGGCUUUUCCAAUCUGUAUAAAAUUAUAACAUAAAAUUUAAGAUAUUUUGAGCUCCGUCAAUAUGGGGCAUUUAUAUAUCUGCAUAUUCAUGGCAAUUACAGACGGUGUCUUUUAUAAUGUCUUAUUGUAGUUUAUAGCUUCCCUAAAAGGGGUAAAAGUGGACUCGAAUAUCAGCAAGAAAUGUUCAGUAUCGUAUGUGUUGAGAAAUGCAAUAUAAUUGAGUCAGCGAAUUCAGGAAGAGUUUGCUUAUGUGCCAAAUGUUUUCAAACGUGAUCCAACAAGAUCCAGUUUAUAUUGUUUUACUAACUUAACUCUCUUUUCACAUAGGAUUGGAAUACUCGGGGAGCCACGGAAAAACUUUAACCCCUACACCCUCGUCCCACUAGGCAUUGAAGAGGACGAGGACCCUGAAAUAAGACCUAAAAAAAGUACGGCAUCCUUCUAUUCUCGCAGUCACUCUUCAAGACACUCAAAUGGCCGUCCGGGGACAGGCCGCCAGAGUACUGUUAUUUCAAGAGCUACGACAGAAGCUGCGUACUCAGACGUGGAUGACGUUACGUCAGAGUGAUAUUAGGGUCCUACGUAGUUACCAUAACCAUGAUUAUUCACCAAACUGGGAAUUUUGGGGAACUGAUCUAGGAAUUAUUCUUUUCAAACCAAAAUAGCUGAACUUGAAAAUAGCUGGAUCAUUUUUCUAGUUCAGCAACUUUGGACUAAAAGUUAACAUUUCCUGGCCAAUUCCUGACAAUGCCCAGUUUAUUGAAUAUACGUGUAUGCGCUGUUUACAUCCAAUUAACAACAUGUGUUAGAAAUCAUUAAUUGUUUGCAAAUUGUAUUUAUUUAGUAUGUAUACCAUUGCUAGCUAGGGCAGGUAAGAUGUGAUAUCAUGGUAUAACAAUUCCAUUUGUCUUUGAUCAGGGGUGCCCAAAAGGUAGAUCCCCAGAUGUUGUAGAACUACAAAUCCCAUGAUGCUUUGCAUACCUUUACUAUGGAAAAUCAUCAUGAAAGCUGUAGUUUUAAAACAUCUGGAGAUCUAACUCUUGGGGCACCCCUGUCUUAGAUAACGUUCACCCAGGUAAGUUAUAUCUUGCUCUUUAUUUUAGAAGAAAUGUCUGUAUUCCUCUGAAAGAAACCUGUGAAAAAGUCUUAUGGAUCUUAUGGGGGCAUCAGCUAGUGGUCCAAUAAAUAGAGGAAGCCAGAUGGCUUCAUGUAUUUUAUAAACUGCAUUAACUGUGUAACUGUAUGUCUUGUGUCAAUGAAAAGGUUAAAUGGUAUAAUUUAUGUUCUGUAUAGAAUGUAUCUCAGUAUAUUAUAUAAAUAACCUGACUCUUAAUCACUUCUCUGCCUGAAGCUACUUUGAUAUGAAACAUAAAAUUCUAACGCCUUGUUUUGGUUUAACAUUUGUUACCGGAGGGUAUGAUAUAUAUAUUUCAUAAUACACAG